AUAAUUUUGAAUAAAUAAGACUGUCAAAUAUGACGUCAACAAUAACAAAACACAAUAUUAACACAAUAUUUGAUUAAGAUAAUGAUAGAUUCAUCUCAUCAAAACCACACAAUUCACUUUGGACUUUGGAGGCAGGCCGACUCAUCGAGAAGAUAGCGGACGAGGCUCAAAGAUGAUCCAUAUGGAGUGGGCUUUUGCCAAAGAAAAUGUAACAGGUGGCCCAAUUACAUGUUAAAAAAAAAAAAGAUGAAAUCCCUGGUUCGACCCGUCAGUGUGACCGAGUUGUUUGGCCAGGUCAACGGGACGAAGUAUUAACAACCUAGUAGUCCUUUCUAUUUACUGGUUACCGCCUCACCGGUUAAAUUACCACGCAAAUUUACACCCACCGACCAGCCUGACAUUCGCCGGAGAUUCGAGUAACGCGGGGGAAAAAUAAAGAAACCCUAUUCCUCGCCGUCAAAAUUCAGCGAUUCCGUCGACUCCUCCAAUUUGAGAAACUACCGCGUGCUUCAAUUUACCUCCACCGCUACGGUGGAUUGCCGGGCGGCCGCACCCCGACUAAACUGGUAAAUUCCCGUUCCCUUCUCCUCGUCCUCGACGCUAGGAAAAUUCGUUGGAAGCUGAUAAAGAAAAAGUUCGUCUGUAGUUUGGUUUUGUAACUUUGAAACGCUCGUCAAUUAAGAGACCAUGGCUGCAAUUCUUCUACCAAGGAAGUUUCAAAGGAGAAUGGUGAGGCUGAAAUUUCUUCACUUUGAUUUUGGUGGCUAGUCCCUUGUUUCGAUUGUUUCAUUUCGAGUUGCAUUAUUUUCCCAAUUCGUUCAGGGUCGCUACCUACUGAGUAUUUUUUGCUUGUAUACUGUUUCUGCCUAGGUUUUGCCUUUCUGGAUUGCUUUAUUUCUUUUGUAUUACUGUGAUUGCUUAUGGAACUUUGAAGCUCUUGUCUAAACGAGGGAGGGUCUUAAUUACGUCUGCUUAAAGUUGUAGAUGUCAAAUUAUUUGCCAAUAGCUGAAUUCGCGACAUAUAUAUGGCACUGACGAGGUUCAUUGGAUACUGUUGGGUUUGUUUCAGAAUUAUGAUUUACACCGCUAUAGACAACUUCUACCUGACGGACGAGCAGCUACAGAACUCUCCAUCAAGGAAGGAUGGAAUCGAUGAAGCUACUGAAACUUCCCUUAGAAGAUAUGGCUGCGAUCUCGUACAAGAAAGUGGCAUUUUGCUUAGGCUGCCUCAAGCUGUGAUGGCGACUGGACAGGUUCUAUUCCAUCGCUUCUAUUGCAAGAAAUCAUUUGCUAAGUUCAGUGUCAAGAAAGUUGCAGCUGGCUCAGUUUGGCUUGCAUCUAAACUAGAGGAAAGUCCCAGAAGAGCAAGGCAGGUUAUCAUUGUUUUUCACCGGAUGGAAUGCCGCAGAGAGAAUUUGCCCAUAGAGUUUUUGGAUAUCAAUUCUAAGAAAUUUGCUGAACUAAAGGUGGAGUUAACUAGAACUGAAAGACACAUAUUGAAGGAGAUGGGUUUUGUUUGUCAUGUUGAGCAUCCACACAAAUUCAUAUCCAACUAUCUUGUCACCCUUGACACACCCCCAGAACUGAGACAAGAGGCAUGGAAUCUUGCAAAUGACAGUUUGCGGACGACCCUGUGUGUUCGUUUUAGGAGUGAAGUUGUAGCUUGUGGUGUAGUGUAUGCUGCUGCGCGGAGGUUCCAAGUUCCACUUCCUGAGAAUCCACCUUGGUGGAAGGCUUUUGACGCUGAUAAACCUGGCAUCGAUGAAGUUUGUAGAGUGUUGGCGCACCUAUAUAGCCUUCCAAAGGCACAAUACAUAUCAGUAUGUAAGGAUGGCGAUUUUUCGUUUUCUAAAAGGGCUUCAGAUUUGCAGUCUCAAACAGUUCCAAGGGAUGUUCAACAAAGCUCACCAGCAAACAAUGGUACUUCUUCAAUGGCGACCUCGAGCUUGGUUAGUAUUGAAACUGGGGAAUCCAGUGGAACGUUGGUGAUAAAAGCAGCAUUUGACAAGGUCAAGGACUCUAAGAAGGUUGGCGAUGAAUCCAAGAAUGAGGAUGAUGCAACGAGGGAGGUAGCUAUUGGGAGAUCGAAGUCUGAGAUUAGAACGGAUGGAAGCAGCGACAGAAGCAAGGAGAAGGAGAGAGACAGGGAAAGAGAGAGGGACAUCAGAAUGAAGACUGGUGAUCGCAACAAAAGGGGACGGGAUUCUGACAAGGAAAGAGAUCGAGCGGAUAGUGAAAGGGACAGAGAUAAGAGCAAAGAUCGAGGAAGUCAUCGUUCUAAAGAUAGGGGGAAGGAUUCAGGAGGGUAUUCGGAUAAAUCAAGGCAUCAUUCAUCCCGUGAUCGUGACUAUCACAGUUCCUCGUCGUAUUCAUCAAGGGAUAAGGAUAGGCACAGGCAUCACUUGUACGGGUGAUGCUUCCAGGCUGUUGCAAUGCAAGUUACCCGCCCUCAAUUGAAGCUAGCAGUAUCAUUUUGCGAGGUAUGGCCUCAGCUAUUUGCCACAGUAUUCCCGUUCAUAAGUGAAAGACGAAAUGGGAUAUAAGUCAGACUCAGAACCCCGAAGAAAGGUCUUUCCCUUACAUUGCCUUCACUUCUGCUAACAGCGGGCUGGAAAAACAGCACAACCUAUCAGAAUUUUUGUACAUACAAUUUUUGUUUUGAUCAGGGAUCGUGUCUAUACUCCAUGGGAACAAUCAUAAAGUGGUGCUUCUGUCUCUCGUCUGAGUAAGUAGUGGAUUUCCCUUCUCAAUGAAUUUGAGUACAAGACUAGUCACAAAUAGUUACAGAACGCUCUCCAGUUGCCUUCAACAUGAAGCAUUUCUUUUCUUUGUUGAUGAAUGAUGAUAAAUACAGUACAUAUGC